UUCCGGUCACGUGUCUGAUGUCAACAAAAACUUUCAAAAACGCGGCGCUUCCUCUUUGUGCUGCGGCUCCGUUUACAGAGGCAGAGUGAUGCCCGCCCCGGAGCCGGUUCGUUUGGGGCGGAAGAGACCGGUACCGUCCUGCCCGAACCCGCUGUUCCUCCAGUGGCUCACGGAACUCCGGGACGACGCCAAAGAGAAGGGCCUCAAGAUCCACUACACCUACCAGAAGGCCAUAAACUCUCUGAACAAAUACCCACUGCCGCUGAAAAACGCCAAAGAAGCAAAAAUCCUGCAGAACUUUGGAGACGGGAUCUGCAAACUGCUGGACGACCGACUGCAGAAAUACUACAGACAGCACGGCCCAGACGCUUCUAUUCACAUUUUACCAGAAACAGCUCCCCCUGCUGUUCGAUUUGACAACAACAACCUGGCCCCAACCAAGAAGAAAAGUGUCCCGUCCAAUGGUGAGUCGGAGAAAGGAGGAGGAGGAGAACGGAGGAAGAAGAAGAGAGAGUACGUUCCUCAGAAAAGAUCAGGAGGAUACGCUGUUCUUCUGGCUCUGUACCGCCACUGUCAGGUGGAGGGCAGCAAAGGUUACAUGUUCAAACUGGAGUUACAGACGGAGGCCCAGCCGCUGUGUGACAAAUCUUUCUCUGUGCCUGAUCUGGGCAGUAAGUACACGGCCUGGUCCUCGGUCAGUACUCUGAUCCAGAAGAAUCUGCUCCUCAAGACUCACAACCCUGCAAGAUAUUCUUUGACGGACGAGGGGAAGGCUUUGGCCGAGCGUCUGGACUCAGCGGAGAGACGAGGAGGAGGAGGAGGAGGAGAGGGUCAUAAAGGAAAGGAGGAAGAGAGAGGAGGAGGAGGAGAGAAGGUCCCACACAGAGACGCAGACGCAGCAGAGGAGGACGAGGAGGCGCUGGAUCUGACUCAGAGCGACGAAGAGGAGACUGAAGAUGAAGUGACCGCCGCAGACAAACCCGGUGCAGCUCCAGAGCCCAGACCCCGGGACCUCCAGCCCAAAGACCCGGACCGGUGCCUGCUUCCCGGGUCCUACGAGAUCCUUCUGUGCGUGGACUUCAUCGAGACCACGGGUGGGGGAAACGUCCAGUGUAAACAGGAGCUGGUGAAGGAGCUGCAGAGAAACGGAGUGAACUUCGACGUGCGGAAGUUAAACGUGGGCGACUUCCUGUGGGUCGCCCGAGAGAAGAAGGAGCCAGUGCCAGGUCAGCUGAGGGCCCCGUGUGGCCGGGAGCUGGUACUCGAUUACAUCGUGGAGAGGAAGAGGAUCGACGAUUUGUGCGGCAGCAUCAUCGACGGACGAUUCAGAGAACAGAAGUUCCGUCUGAAGCGCUGUGGUCUGAGGAGGCCUGUGUACCUGGUGGAGGAGUGUGGAGCCGCCGCAGCUCACCUCAGUUUACCUGAGUCCACCCUGCAGCAGGCCAUCGUCAACACACAGGUGGUGGACGGGUUUUUUGUGAAGCGAGUCCAGGACGUGAGAGAAUCUGCCGCGUAUCUGACCGUCAUGACCAGAUACCUGAGCAAACUCUACAAGAAUCGUGCUCUGGUGACGCGCUCUCGGGAGCUGGAGGGAGAUCUUUCCGAGGACCAGGACGUCGCGGGGAAUCCUUCGUGUUCGUUGAUUUCGUUCGCCGAGUUCAACCACGGCGCCGUCAAGAACAAGUGUCAGACGGUUCGGGAGGUUUUCGCUCGUCAGCUCAUGCAGAUCAGCGGAUUAUCAGGAGACAAAGCAGCCGCCAUAAUACAAGAAUAUCCCACUCCUCACAGUUUGCUGACGGCGUACGACAGAUGCUCCAACGACCUGGAGCGAGAGAAACUUCUGUCUUCGAUACGAUGUGGAAAACUCAAAAGAAACUUGGGUCCAGCUCUGAGUCGAACGGUUUACCAGCUCUACUGCACCAAAGGACCGCUGACCUAGACCAGGACCAGACCGGGACCAAACCAGGACCAAACCAGGACCAAACCAGAAGUCUGGACUCAGGUCUUGAUGUGAAGUCUUUGUUUCGUCGUCACUGAAGUCUCUCGGCUCUGAAGUUUCAAACUCCUCACACUUGAAUUUUUAUUUUGCACGGUGUAAAAAUGCUGCUGCUAUUUCCAUCUCGACUUUUCCUGUUGUAGAUUUGUGAUCAAAAAUAAUAAACAUUUCAUGCCAA